GGUUAGAGAGAGAUUAACCACCGAGGUCUAUAAAGCUUUAGUGUAAUCCGCACACUGGAGACACAUUCAGUGCAACAACUGUCAUACAAACAACACAUUUUUGCUUGUAACUCGUAGUGUUUUGGACCACAUAAACCCCACUAAACGAGAGAAGAAAAACAAGAAAAAUAUUGUACCUGUGACUUCAGAAUAGUCAUCCUCAUCAUCAGCAAAUCAAAGGUGAAAAAAGGGAGCAAAUCAUGAAGAAGGGAAAGCAGGUGGGUGAUGACAAUGAGCCCCCCAGUUAUCAGGAGGUAACUGCAGGCUAUGGGGAGAUGGAGGCCCAGUUCGCCUGGGACGACAAGACCAUCAGACGGACCUUCAUCAGGAAGGUCUACGCCAUUCUCAUGGUCCAGCUGUUCGUGACAGUGGCAAUUGUUGCUCUCUUCUCAUUUUGCGCACCUGUAAGGUUUUAUAUCCAGACUCAUCCAGGCUUGUACAUGACAUCUUAUCUCAUGUUCUUAGCCACCUACAUCGCACUGUCCUGCUGUGGAGAGCUGAGGAGGCAGUUUCCUUGGAAUAUCAUUUUGUUAGUUCUCUUUACUUUGAGCAUGGCCUUCAUGAUGGGAUUUGUGUCAAGCUUUUACAACACCAAAUCAGUGGUUCUGUGUCUGGGAAUCACAUCUCUGGUGUGUCUUUCUGUCACCAUCUUCAGCUUCCAAAGCAAGAUUGACGUCACAUCCUUUCAGGGCGUUCUGUUUUCUAUGUGCAUGGUCAUGCUACUCUGUGCCAUCACCUUGUCCAUUGUCGUCCCUUUUGGAUAUGUUCCCUGGUUACAUGCCCUUUAUGCUGUGGGAGGAGCCAUUCUCUUCACUCUGUUCCUGGCAUUUGACACCCAGAUGCUAUUGGGAAACAAGCGCUACUCCAUAAGUCCAGAGGAAUAUAUUUUUGCCACCCUCAGCCUCUACCUGGACAUCAUCUACUUGUUCAGCUUCCUGUUACAGAUCGUGGGAGGAGGCCGCGAGUAAAGCAUUUCUCUGAUACUGUACAUCUGUCUCUCAGCUUAACUCUUAGCAAACUCAACAACCAACUUGGAUUUAUUACCCUCAUGAACAAGAUGACAUCAGGGCAAUACAGUUUUUCAUGAAUCACUAUUUUGAAGGUUUUUACCGCUUGUGUAAUCUUGUCCAUACAAUCCUGCCCUGACAUAGCUUACUGUAGUCGUUCACUCCUUCUGGACAUCUCAGUGUACUGUAUGUGUUUUUGUAUCACUUUUGGUUCUGCUGUUACCCCACCAUCCAACAGUGUGUGUUAAAACAGUCAAUAUGCUUCUAAGAGGACAACACACCAAAAACUUAAGUAUGAUCAGUUUAUCCAUCAUUGAGCCAAAAAGGAAGAAAAUCUGCACUUUUAGGUUGAGGUUGCAUUAAUAAGUGACUGUUUCACAAGCUAUGCACAGUAGUUACAGUUUGUUUUAUACUUGUUUUUAAUCCACAUUAUCAUAAAUGGCACGUUUGAUGUUUUACUAUGUGUAUGAUAUUUUCAGCACAGCUUGAGCGUGGAUGUUAUUUGGGGAAAAUACUGUUUGAGUGAAACCUGAACUUGUGGAAUUCAACUAACUUCCAAGUGUUUUAAAACAAAGAUGCAACACCAACCACAAAAGGGAAAUGUGUUUGUAGCAUCAUACAUAUUUUAACAGCAUGCUUUAGUGAUUAGACAUCAGUUGCAAUUUCUAUUGUAACUUUAAUGUGGCCUUUGGGAUGCGAUAGAAAAAUGAUUUCAUGUAAACAAGUUGAUGAUCAGAACAUCAGCAUUAGAAAUGUUUAUGUUUAUGAUGGUGAUUAUUAUAAUAAAGUAGUAAGGCAUUUAAUAAUUUCUUCCCAGCAGUUACAUUCCAAUUUGUCCUUACAGGACAACUUUGUGACACAGAUAACAAUUGGUUAGGUAUUUGCGUGGUUACCAUUGAGUGUAAACAUUAGAUACAUAAAAACACAGUUCAACCAAUCAUUGAAACAAGGCUUUUAUUAAAAAAGAAAAGAAAAAUUGACAUAAUCAAAUUCAAAGAGAAAACCAAGACAGAAGGAAAACCUUAUCUCAAUCAAUAAAAAAACACAAGUUACAGACAAUUUAGCAACUCUGGCACAGGAAGACAAAAGUAGCCAAGUGGCUUUGCAAAAUAACCAAAUAUCAAAACCUAUUUCCUCUUAACAAAACUGUACAAAAUGAGUUCUUGUAUAAAUAAGAAAACUGUUCACAAGCAGAGAGUGAGAUGAGCCCGUCAGAUUUUCAAAAUGGGAUUCACACAAACUUGGUUCAUACAGUGUAGAGCAACAAGUUUUAAUAUUUCAUGUUCAAAAAUGUCACUCUAAGACAACAUUUCUGAGUUU